CCACACAUUACUUUUUUUUUUUUUUUUUUUUUCUUGAUCUUGUUCUCCACUCUUGGCAUCUAUUCUAGAGUGUCGCCAUCUCCAAACUCUACCUUCAAUCUUAAUUUUAGUCCUUUUGGGAUUCAGAUUUAUCCCCAAAGUCCAAUUCCCUGUUCAUUUCUUUUUUAAAAACGAAGCUUUUUUUUUUCCUCCUCCUUUCAGUGCAGAAUAGGAUUUUUCAUAUUUAUGUUCUUCUUUUUUCUCACGUGGAGAGAUUUUCAUAUUAAAGUUUGUGUGCCUUGGGGUUUAGGGUUAUCGUUAUAGGAUUUUAUAGUUUUAUUUGAGCUAUUGAAAGAUGGCUCCUUGGGGUGGGGUAACCUGCUGUUUGAGUGCGGCUGCUCUUUAUCUUCUUGGGAGGAGCAGUGGAAGGGAUGCAGAGGCCUUGAAAUCUGUUACCAGAGUGAAUCAUUUGAAGGAUUUGGCGCAAUUGUUAGAUACUGCUUCCAAGGUCUUGCCUUUUGUUGUCACAAUAUCUGGAAGGGUUGGUUCAGAUACGCCAAUUAGCUGCCAAUACAGUGGCUUACGUGGAGUAAUUCUCGAAGAAACGGCCGAGCAACAUUUUCUUAAACACAAUGAUGCUGGUUCAUGGAUACAGGAUUCUGCCUUAAUGCUUUCUAUGUGUAAAGAAGUUCCUUGGUAUUUGGAUGAUGGCACAGGACGUGCGUUUGUAGUUGGCGGCCGAGGUGCCACGGGUUUGGUAUUGACUGUUGGGAGUGAAGUGUUUGAAGAAGCGGGGCGAUCCAUUGGACGGGGAAUGCUAGAUUAUCUUCAAGGUCUUAAGAUGCUUGGCGUGAAGAGAGUUGAACGUGUACUUCCCGUUGGCACACCCUUGACAGUUAUUGGUGAGGCCGUUAAGGAUGACAUAGGGACAGUUCGGAUCCAGCGACCUCAUAAAGGCCCAUUUUAUGUCUCUCGUAAAACUAUUGACCAGCUUAUUAUGAAUCUUGGGAAAUGGGCGAGGUGGUACAAAUAUGCUUCAAUGGGAUUUACCGUUGUUGGUGUUUAUCUGCUUGUAAAACAUGCUUUCCAGUACAUUAUGGAAAGAAGGCGCCACUGGGAACUGCGUAAGAGAGUUCUUGCUGCUGCAGCUAAAAAAUCUGGACAAGAAGAUGAAGGUUCGAGCAUAAAAGAGGAAAACGGAGCAGAUAGUAAAAAGGACCGGUUAAUGCCAGAUUUAUGUGUAAUAUGCCUGGAGCAGGAAUACAAUACAGUUUUUGUCCAGUGUGGGCAUAUGUGCUGUUGCAUGGCGUGCUCGUCGCACUUGACAAACUGCCCUCUUUGCCGGAGACGGAUUGAGCAGGUAGUCCGGACCUUUCGUCACUAAACUCUAAACACGAUUAAUCUUUUUUCCCUGCCCUUAAUACGAGACAUACAUAACCUGGAUGGUUCGCAUCUGAGGCCGCCUAAGAUGCACUACCAUGACAAUGAUACAGCUUUUGUCGAAACCGAAAUUGUGCCCUCCAAUUAUGGUCAUUCAUGCAUCAUGUAUGCUUCAGUGAAAUGAGCAGACUGAGAAUGAGUUGUGGGCGAAUUUUUUCUUGAACUUCAUUCAUGACCUGUAAAUAGCACUGACCUGAAAUGGUUUCUAGCUUUGCAUUGUUUUUGCACAUUUCUCAUGUUGUCACUAACUGUAUUAUGUAGGUUAUGUUCUGCUAUUUGAGUAAUCAAGAAAAUUAUGUUCAGGCUUCCUAUAGUGUUUUGAAGUGAGGAUUAUUCAGCUUUGGUUUAUUGGUUAUGUUAUUGAAA